AUGGCGACAACAGAAAAUAGCUAUGCAUCCACGGUUAAUCCUGCUCCCUAUAGUCAAGCUGUUUUCCUGUCGCAGAAAAUGAUCAAUGAUUCGUUCAGUCAUAUGUGGCAGCUUGCCCAGAAUGAACCCGAUGAGAAGAACCCUUUGAGAUAUUUCAAGUACGAGAGCAGGAAUGGGUCCCUGGAAUUCGAUGUUGGUAAGCCCACCGUCAGCCUACAGGUCACUACCAAUGACCCAAUGUUGUUCUUCAAACUUCGCAUGACGAGGGGUAAGGUUUCCCUUUUCCUGUCUCCCAACCCUAAGGAUGAUACCAAACUCGAGUUGGAGAUCGACAACUGGGUUUUUGCUUUCUCGGUUAAGAUUGAAAGAAAGCAGAUCACUAAAGACUCGCAAGAGUUCCGGGAGUACAAGGAGCGUGCUGGACUUCCCAAUUCCAAUUUCAGUCUCGCAAUGUUGUUCAUCGAUGCAUCAUCGACAACUAAAUGGAACCCUGGUCUCAGUUGUUUCGGGAAGACUGAUUUUUUGAAAAAUCUGACCGACCAGGCCCGUUCCACCUUUACAAAUGGUAUCAAUGAAUGGUUGACGUACAUGAAUGUGAAGAGGACCAACAUUAUAGGUUACUCAGCAAGACGACAGGAAGAAGAUAAGGAGUUGAACGAAUACGCACCCACAUUCCCACCCACCAGCAUCGACUAUUCCUCCUAUCCGUGGAAAGGGCUGGAUGGCUCACAGAAAAAAAGCGAUAACCUGGACACCAACGCCAUCUCAUAUUUGAUGAUGUCCAACUUUCAAGAUCCCCCGGUAAGCGGGAGCAUUGAGUAUAGCGGAGCCUGGGUUGAUGGAGAUCGGGAUGGCACCUUUGUCAUGAGCCGCGGCUUGUUCUGGCCCUGGAUGCAAAGUCUCAUGCGAGAAAUUGUCAUCGGCAUGGUUCCUUACCCCAACGAACCAGUUUGCUAUUAUAGUCCUUCAGACCCAGAUCUUCCUUUCAAUACUGAGAUGAAUUUCCAAGUUGGAGAUCCUCUUGCUCAAACCAACCAGUAUCAGUUUCCGGAGAUGAAGCAGGGAGAAGUGUGGAAACUAUCUGGAGAAUAUCGGACAAGCAGAAAGAAUGCUGUCAAUGAGAUUGACAUGAAUGACAAGAUGGUGGUAAUGCAAUGGUGCAGCGAUGUCUCUGCUUCCCUCAAAUUCCAUCCCGGUAAAGAACUGGUCGAUCUAUAUGGUAGCAGCACUUUCUGCUUCCGGGCAGAGCAUCGGUCGAAAGUAUUUACAUAUACGGCAAUGACGUUUGCUAUAUCUUGGCAUAUCAAGUUUACUAUGGCAGCGGUUGAAGAUGGUGGUUUGCAGUUUGCCAUUCUCAGAGACACUGACACUCCACCUAUUCAAGUCACCCCGGAGGAAGAAGGAAAUAUGCGUUGGAGUCAGGAUCCAAAGGAAGUCGCAAAGGAAUGGACGGACGAGCUGAGCAAAAGCUUGAGAUUUGCCCUUGAAAGGGUUGAAGACAGACUUGUAAAUGGCCUCGCUGAUCAUCACCGACUUUUCCUGCCUGGAAAGGGAAGCUAUCUGAUGAAGGAUCCUAUUUUUAGCGGAAAUGGAGAUCUGCUAGCCAAUUUGACGUUCAAUGGUGCCGAUCCACCGAAACCAGAGCCAUCGAAGCGUCAUCUGUACACGAUCUAA